CCAAUACAAACUAAAGAACGAGCUGGAAGCGUAAACGGAACUACCGAUGUGCUUAGCUUGUACGUGGGAACAACUCUUAACGUUGUACACUUUUCCCUUUUCUUGCGUCCCCAUCCAUCACCAACGAACCCUUCUACAUUUUCACCUCCGUUAAAAUUCCAAGAUGUUUAACAGACAGACGAGCCUGUGGAUGGGUGAUUUGGACCCAUACAUGGAUGAGAACUUCAUCAAGCAGGCAUUUAGCGCUAUGGGAGAAUCACCAUUUGGAGUAAAGAUUAUCACUCACAGGAUAACGGGUGGUUCAGCCGGAUACUGCUUUGUCGAGCUGGCAGACGAAGCAAGUGUCGACCGCUGUGUCCAAAGACUAAACGGAAAACUGGUUCCUGGAUCAAACCCGCCCCGGAAAUUUAAGCUAAACUAUGCCACCUACGGAAAAAGGCCAGAGGCAGGGCCGGAGUUCUCAGUGUUUGUGGGCGACUUGGCCUCCGAGGUGGACGACUUCCAACUGCACCAGGUUUUCAAGAAGUACCUUUCUUGCAAGGGAGCCAAAGUAGUUACUGAUCAGUAUGGAUACUCCAGAGGCUACGGCUUCGUCAAGUUUGGGGAGGAGGGCGAGCAGAAGAAAGCGAUCGAGGAGUGCCAGGGUACGAUGCUCGGGGGCAAACCACUCAGACUCAGCAUUGCUGUGGCAAAGAGCCAAAAGAUGAGCAACUACCAUGGGGGCCAGGGACAAAAUUUCCAUAGCAACUACAACCAGUCCCAGUCCAGUUACUACGGCAGCCAAGGCAGCGGGGGUCAGGGGGGUUACUACCCUCAGUGGGGAGGCUACGACCAGUACAGCGGCUACAAUAGUGGUUACAACAGCGGCUACAACAGUGGCUAUAACUACGGGCCCUAUGGAUACCCCCCACCAGGCCACAUGAUGCCACCACCUCCCACAGGGUUCCCACCCGCGCCCACGGACAUGUCAGGAGCUGUAGAGCAGAGCCACGAGGAGGGGGGGGAGAUAGACGAGGAUAAUUCAGAAGAGCCCAUCCCAGAGUGUGACGUGGAGAAGUGGAACACAGAUUUUAUGCAACGCAGCGAGGAGCUCUAUGACGCCAUGAUGAACUCUCACUGGGAACCCCUGGACUCUAUUUCCUCCCAAAUCCCUACCCUUUCCUGAUAAAUCAACUUAUUCUAAUCCCUCCCUAAAUGUUUCAAAUAUUUCAGUUUUAAGAUCUUUUACUUCCCAUAAUCUGCUAUGAUCACAAUAAUAUUUGAAAAGGCCAACUUCAGUUCACUGUCUGUCAGUCACACUGGUUACCUAAGCCUGCCUGAAGGCUGCAAGUACAUGCACAUGCACUCAAGAACUACACACAAAUAUUCUCUUGAUUUUAAUGUUUACCAUGUUGGUAAUUUUCAGAAAGGUGUUCAAUAGUCAAUGACAUAAUUGUAGUAAAUACUAUUGUUACGAACACUUCAGUAAACCACAGUGUUGGUUUAUUGGCUGUAGCAUUUGGAACUGAAUUGAAAUGGUGACACCAGCAAUUGCUCCUUCAAUUUGUUCAUUGGAUAGGGCCUUGACUUUUUUAAAAGAGAUUAUUUUCCACAAGAAAAAUUCAAGCUAUGCCUUAAUUUUCAUUUGCCAUGUACUUCCUCUUUGUCUAUGAUGGUCAUUAAAAAUGAUUUUGUGUAAACAGGAUAUCAGUUUUUUCUGGUCUUGUUCAUUUUUAAAUGAAGGACUUUGCUCCCCCUUUUUUCCAAUUUGUUCUUUGUAGGUGAAGUAAAAGACUUCCAAGUUUUGGCUGACGAUGACAUUGAGUCACUCAAUCACACAUGUAAUUUAUCACUGUUUUCCAGACAAUAAACUCAAUGUCUUCCUGUAUAAUAGUUGAAGGGUGCAACCUCGGAAUACUUUUGAGUGCUGUAAAACUCUUAACGCUUUGAGGUUGACCGCUGAACUGAUCAGAUGUCAAGGCAGCGUUCAUUUCUGCUGUUUGAUAGCUGAUGUUUUGUAUAUAUUUUCUUUGUGGAGAUGUUUUAUCAAUAAAACUGAGGAGGAAUAAAGUA